AUGAAACUUGAAGUGUUCUCCGCAACCCACUUCGUUCAGAAGCCCAUGGAGGUGUGCACUCACAGUGAUGCAGAGGGAACCGUCCCCUCUCCCCUAUCCGGAGACGAGCUGGGCUCAGACGGGGACUGCGUGGCAAACAGCCCAACACCUGCCACCCCGAGCAGCGCCGAUGGCAAGGGAAAGCCCUACACCCGCAGACCAAAGCCGCCCUACUCCUACAUCGCACUCAUUGCCAUGGCCAUCCGGGACUCCGGCAGCGGCAAGUUGACUCUGGCGGAGAUCAACGACUACCUGACGAAUAAGUUCCUGUUCUUCCGGGGCAGCUACACUGGCUGGCGGAACUCGGUGCGCCACAACCUGUCGCUGAAUGACUGUUUCCUCAAGGUGCUCCGGGACCCGUCCAGGCCCUGGGGCAAGGACAACUACUGGAUGCUGAACCCGAACAGCGAGUAUACCUUCGCCGACGGGGUGUUCCGGCGCAGGAGGAAGCGCAUCAGUAAGUGCCGAUCCGGCAGUGGUUCCAAUAAGGACACCAAGACCCCGGACGAGGAGACUCGCAUUUCGAGCACUCCAUCUGCAUCCACCGGGGAGGAGAGGAUGAUGGGAGCCAAGUUCUCCAGCUUUUCCAGCUCCUUCUCCAUCGAUAGCAUCCUCAGUAAGCCCUUCAUAAGGAGGGAGGAUAUAGACAACACUGAUGCAGACACUGCGUAUGCCAAUCCCGGUUCCCACCGGCGCUACUGGCCCACCGGUGCCCACCACAUGCUGCCCCACACACUGGGCUACCCACCGGUACCCACUGCUAUGGUGCACGCACAUGCACAGCAGUUAUACCACCAGGUCAGCUCAGGGGCGUCCCACAUGUUACACGCAUACAGGUGCAGCCUCGCGGAGCAAGCAGAGCACAGCAGAGACCCACUCACAGCAGGGACCGACACACAGGGCCACAUGCCAAACUCCGAGGCUGCUUUCUCCCCGGUGAAGAUUCACACAGCGCGAGGUGGCAGCUGUCAUCCUUUCCAGAUAGACUCAUUGCUCUCCUAA